AUGACUCUAACUAACAUUGAUCAUGAGAAGCAAAUAUACUGCUUCAAAGUCUUGUAUGCAAUUGUGGUGCUUUUACUACACAUGAACAAUCCUUGCAUUGGAUGCAGUGAGAGGGAAAUGCAAGCCCUCCUUGCAUUCAAACAAGGCCUCGUGGAUGACGACAAUCGCCUCCUUUCAUGGGGAAGAGAAGUGCAAACCAAAGACUGUUGCCAAUGGGCCGGAGUCUACUGCAGCAACCAGACUGGCCAUGUUGUUCAGCUUGAUCUUGGAGGCCAAUCUUUGCAAGGUACGAUUAGUCCUAAACUCGUUGAGUUGCAGCAUUUGGAGUAUUUGAACCUUGGUUCCAAUAAUUUCAGUCGGAGCCAAAUUCCAGAGUUCAUUGGAUCUUUGAGCAAUUUAAGAUACCUCGAUCUCUCUUAUGCAAAAUUUGGAGGUGAAAUUCCAUAUCAACUUGAAAAUCUCACACACUUGGAAUAUCUCGAUCUCAGCUCGGAUGGAUUUAUUUCUGCAAAAAACCUCAAUUGGCUCUCUAAUCUUUCUUGUCUAAAACACUUGGGCCUCAGUUCCACUAAUCUCACCGGUGUUGUUGGUUGGCUGGAAGCAGUUAAUAUGCUUCCUAAAUUAAGAUACUUGAUAUUAUGGGGGUGUAAUCUUCCUCCUCCAAUUAUAUCCUCUGUUUCUGUUUUGAACUCUUCUAAAUCUCUUGUAAGUGUCGAUCUCUCCUACAACAAUCUUAACUCUUCAAUCUUUCAAUGGCUGUCCGGUACUCAUACCAACCUUGUUGAUCUUGAUCUAUCUGGGAACAAUUUAAAUGGUUCCUCAAUUCCUGAUGAUUUCGGAAACAUGAGCUCUCUUGCAUAUCUUGCUCUCUCUGUUAGCAGACUUAAAGGAGGGAUCCCAAAUUCGUUUGGCAAGUUAUGUAGUCUGCGGCAUUUGGACCUUGGGAAUAAUAGCCUUAGUGGACAACUUUCAGACAUUAUUGACAUAUUGUCUAAAUGCGCUCAAAACACAUUAGAGUAUUUGGAUAUCUCUAAUAAUCAUGGCAUCAUGGGUUCAGUGCCUGAAAAUAUUGGACACAUGUCCAAGUUGGAGGUUCUUGAAUUUAGUGGGAAUUCUUUGGAAGGAGUGAUUUCAGAAAUCCAUUUCUCGAAACUUUUCAAAUUAAAGUAUUUGGGUUUAUCCUCCAACUCUCUAUCUUUAAACUUCAGUUUUGAUUGGGUUCCUCCCUUUCAGUUGCAAUCAAUGACAUUGAGGUCUUGUAAGAUGGGGCCAUCUUUCCCAAAAUGGCUUCGAACUCAGAAAAGUGUUUCCAGUCUUGAUAUUUCUAAUAAUGGAAUUACUGAUACCAUUCCGAGUUGGCUUUGGGAUUUGUCACAUCAAGUAUUCUUUAUGGAUCUCUCUCAGAAUCAAAUUAGAGGAACAAUUGGAAAUUUGAGAUCGGAGUUCCCACCUAAGCUAAAUGUGAGUUGGAACCAAUUGGAGGGUCCAAUCCCUUCAACUUUAUCAGAAGUUACUUUUUUAGAUCUCUCCAAUAAUAAAUUUUCAGUGGCAGCAGCUUCUUUUUUGUGCACAACCAAGGAUAUCUUUCUUGAUUUGAGCAAUAACUCUUUAUCUGGAAAAAUUCCUACCACCAUGGGGUACUUGUUUAGCAUUGAGACACUAAAACUAAAUAACAACGGAUUUGUGGGAGAGUUGCCUUCACAAUUGAAGAAUUGCAGAAACUUGACACUUUUUAAUCUUGGGGAAAAUAAAUUAUUGGGAUCAAUACCUGAAUGGUUAGGGGCAAGUCACCCAAAUUUAGCUAUCCUUAUCCUUCAAUCUAAUCACUUCUAUGGAAGCAUCCCACCACAAUUAUGUCAUCUCAAAAGUAUUCAACUUUUGGAUUUGUCAAAGAACAACAUCUCUGGAACUAUACCCAAAUGUCUCAACAGUUUGACUACUCUGACUCAAAAAGGAAGUUCAAGUCAAACUAUCCAACAUUCCUUCACAGGUAAUUCUGGACGCAUAACCUUUUAUGAGGUUUAUGAUGAUGAAGCAUCUUUAAUAUGGAAAGGAUUGAGAGCUGAAUUUAAAAGUAUUCUAGGACUUCUAAAGAGUAUUGAUCUCUCAAGCAAUAAGUUGAUUGGGGAGAUUCCUAGUGAAAUCACUUAUCUUGUUGGUUUGAUUUCUUUAAACCUGUCGAGAAACCAAUUAACAGGUCAAAUACCUUCAAGGAUUGGAAAUUUGCAGGAGUUAGAGUCUCUUGAUUUAUCAAGAAACCAGAUAAAUGGUAGAAUUCCAACAAGUCUUUCUCGGAUAGCUCGUCUUCCUAAGUUGGACUUGUCAGAAAACAACUUGUUUGGAAAAAUUCCAAUAGGCACUCAACUCCAAAGCUUUGACUAUGCUUAUGGUGGAAAUCCUCUGCUUUGUGGAGCACCACUCCCAAAGACAUGCCCUGAGGAGGAAAAAGGUCCAGGACAACCUAUGUUGGUGAACCAAGACAGCCAGGAUGGGCUCAUAACACAAGGAUAUUACAUCAGCAUGGGGCUUGGGUUUGUUGUUGGAUUUUGGGGAGUUUGUGGCACUCUUCUGCUCAACAGGUCAUGCAGAUACACAUACUUCAAUUUCUUGACCUUUUGGAACGAUUGGCUGCACGUGAAGGCAGCAAUCACCAUGCAAAGGAUGCUUAAUAGAUAA